GUCUAGGGUGAACAUGAUGGAGCAGCAGAUUAUUGAUACUGAACACUUCAAGUCUAGGGUGAACAUGAUGGAGCAGCAGAUUAUUGAUACUGAACACUUCAAGUCUAGGGUGAGCAUGCUGGAGCGGUUGGUCCACAGAAUGAGUGAGGCGAAUUCUGAACUGAGAAUACAGGUAAUUAUUACUAUGAAUAGUGGACAUAGAAAUCUACGUACUCUAAAAAGAAAAAUAUACAAAUGUGUUUUGCUGUAUUGAGCGUAUUAGGCCGGAUGGCGCCCUUAAGCUUAGAAGGCUGAUUACUUCAAACAUGACUUUGUAAGCAACAAACAUGACUUAGGAAGCAACAAACAUGACUUUGGAACCAACCCAAAUUGGAAAAAAAAAAUGCAGGCGUUAACCACGGGCAAAAUACUUUUAAAAUUAUAAUUUUUCUAUUCAUUUAGUUUGUUACUUUGUUUCGUCUCCAAAAGUACUUUUUUCCAGCCUGACAUAUAAAAAGAUACAUGUUUUUUCCAGCCUGACAUAUAAAAAGAUACAUGUUUUUUCCAGCCUGACAUAUAAAAAGAUACAUGUUUUUUCCAGCCUGACAUAUAAAAAGAUAAAACAUGUUUUUCUGUCAUCUUAUGCAGAAUACGUUUAAAACGAAGACGGCUGCACCGAUGUCUACUAUGAAAUUUCCUAAAGAACUACACCGUUUCCCCGACUUCACUGGAACCACCAACCAGCCAGCAUCACGAGGAGGAGGCCUGUCCAGAGCCAAACGAGACGCUAGCGAACAGCGGAAUGGCCCCGUUAAAGGUGUAAUGAGGUCGAUCCUCAACUGCUACUGCAAAACGAAAUCAG